AUGGAUGAAAAGAGGAAGGUAUCAUCAAAGAAGGACACAGGUGGUUCAAGCUCCUACACCAAGUCAUUAUUCUCAAGGAGUUGCUCAACAAGAAGCUCUACUUCAAACUCUCCCCUCUUGAGGAGCUUAUCACAAAAGAGUUCAUCUUCCUCCAAAUGCAAUCUUACUAGGAGCUAUUCACAGAAGAACCCAUCUAUCGGUAGGAAAUGCACCAAUUUAGCUAAGGAACAGAAAGCAAGAUUUUACAUCAUGAGAAGGUGUGUGGCUAUGUUAGUUUGCUGGCACAAGCAUGGGGAUUCUUGA